CUGGCCUCCAGACAGUCCCUGUUCGUCCGCAUAAAUGCUGCUCAUGGCUUCUCUCUGAUCCCUGUGGACAGUCUGAAAGUAACCAUGAAGGAGCUCCUCCAGAAAGCCCUCAAGAAGAGGAAAGGCUCGCAGAAAGGCUCCGGACCCAUGUACCGUUUGGAGAAACAGAUGGAGCCAAACAUCGCUGUGGACCUGGAUUCAACGCUGGAGAUCCAGAACACUCUGGAGUUCUGCCUGGUCAGAGAAAACAGCUCCCGGGGGGAGGAGAGCUCUGAGGAAGACCCUCCCCUGGACAUCACCACGGUCCAGGACAUGCUGAGCAGCCACCACUACAAGUCCUUCAAGAUCAGCAUGAUCCACAAGCUGCGCUUCACCACCGACGUCCAGCUGGGCGUCUCUGGAGAGAAAGUGGAGAUAGACCCUGUCACCAAUCAGAAGGCCAGCACCAAGUUCUGGAUCCGGCAGAAGCCCAUCUCCAUAGACUCAGACCACCUCUGCGCCUGUGACCUGGUGGAGGAGAGGAGCCCCAGUCACGCUAUAUUUAAAAUCACCUAUCUCAGUAACCAUGACUACAAGCCGCUCUACUUUGAGUCCGACGCCGCCAUCGUCAAUGAGAUCGUGCUCAAGGGAGCCUCCCUGCCCCCCCCCUCCAUCCACAGGAUCAGCAGCGGGGGUCUGCAGCCGCAGAGCCGCGCACGGACGGGAGGACGGAUCCAGACCUGUCCCGGUCCCAUGGCAGUGGGACAGGAAGAGCAGCUCUCCUGUGUUUACUCAGGCUGUGAGCGGGGGGCCUCCUCCUGGAUGAAUGCUGCUGGACUCUACAACAAGAGGGACUCAGAGGCCACCGGAGCUCAGGCCAGGCUGAGGGAGCUGGAGGCCCAGCUGAACUCCAGAGAGGCCGUGCUGUCCACGGCCCUGUCUGAGAAGAAGGCUCUGGAGGCUGCGCUGGCCGAGCUGCAGGAGCAGCUGCUGGAGUUGGACACGGGCCUCGCUCAGGCCAAGAAGCACCUGGCCGACGAAACGCUGAGGCGGGUGGAUUUGGAAAACCGCUGCCAGAGUCUGACGGAGGACAUGGAGUUCAGGAAGACCAUGCAUGAAGAGGAGGUGAAGGAGGCCCGGCAUCGCUACGAGUCCCGGCUGGUGGAGGUGGACUCUGGGCGGAAGGAGGAGUAUGAAUACAAACUGACGCAGGCCCUGGCUGACAUGAGGGCUCAGAAUGAGGAGCAGAUCCAGAUCUACAAGGACAACAUGGAGAGCACCUACGUGGCCAAAAUAGAGGACCUGCAUCGCGUCUCUGAGAUGAACGGAGCCUCGGCCAGCAUGGCCCGCGAGGACCUGAGGGAGUCCAGCCUGAGGAUUGAGAGCCUGGGGGCCCAGCUGUCCGCGCUGCAGAAAGAGACUCGUGGCUGGAGGGAUCGCAUAUCGGAGCUUGAGGCGGCUCUGGCCCAGGAGAAGGACAGCAGUCGGCAGCUGCUGGCGGACAAAGAGCGGGAGGUGGCGGGGAUCCAGGCCCGCAUGCAGCAGCAGCUCAACGACUACGAGCAGCUGCUGGACGUCAAGCUGGCCCUGGACAUGGAGAUCAACGCCUACCGGAAGCUGCUGGAGGGGGAGGAGGAGCGGCUGAAGCUGUCUCCCAGCCCCUCGUCUCGGGUGACGGUGUCCCGGGCGUCCAGCAGCCGCAGCGUGAGGACGGCGGUGGGGAAGAGGAAGCGCGUGGACGUGGAGGAGCAGGAGGCCAGCAGCUCCGUGUCCAUCGCCCACUCCGCCUCCGCCACCGGGCCCGUCUGCAUCGACGAGAUCGACACCGACGGCAAGUUCAUCUGCCUCCACAACAGCGGGGACGAGGACCAGGCCAUGGUGGGCUAUGAGAUGACCAAGUCCAUUGGAAACGCCACCGCCACCUACAAGUUUACACCCAAAUAUGUGCUCAAGGCCGGCCAGAAAGUCAUGGAGGUGGCAAACAGGAGCACUACGUACAAGACGACUGAGGACGAGGAGGAGGAGGAAGAUGAUGAUGAUGAUGAUGGGGUGGAGGUGGUGGAGGAGGACUUCCAGCAGCAGGACGAGCGUCAGGCUGCCAAGAGAGGCUCUCAGUUGGUGGUCACCAGAGCUGAGGACGGCCUCAGAGGUGUGGCCGGCUCUACGGACAGAUGGACCUCCUCAGAGCUGACCCACAUCAGCCUGCAGCACCUGGUGAGUGCCCCCCCCCUCCUCCUGAUGGAGCUGGGAACCAGUGGCUUCCUCCCACCGUCCAAAAACCUGCAUGUAAGACCCCGGAUGGGAGCCUUCAGAACCCAAACACACGAGCACGUGGCGCGUGGCCAGCGGCUCCCCGUGGCAUGUGGGUCCGUGCACUGCACACAGAGUCCUCUGGAAGGCUCCAUGUAG